GCAGCAGAAGAUGAGAGGCUUGCUGCUGCUGAGCUGCUGCGGGAGCCUGCUGCUGCUGUGUGCCGCCCUGGGCAGCGCAGUGUACCGGCGGGAGCAGGAGGAAGCCCCAGUGUCUGGGAAUGGCACCGUGCGCACUCCGGACACACAGGGCAACGACACUGCCAGGGUGACCCGCUUCAACAACAUAGGGCAGUACAUGCCCACCAUCAAGAGCGUCUUCAUCUUCGUGUGCGGCUUCAGCACCUUCCUCAUCGCCUGCCUCAUCGUCAAGAUCUUCAGGUCUGGGAAGAGAAUAAGGAAAACUCGGAAAUAUGACAUCAUAACAACACCAGCAGAGCGAGUAGAAAUGGCUCCUCUCAAUGAGGACAAUUUUGAGGACGAAGAUUCAACAGUGUUUGAUGUGAAAUAUAGAUAUAGGUAAGAACAUUUGAUCUUCCGACAUCUGGACACAAAAAUUUCCAGUGUUGCCAAAAGUCUGAAGCAGAGUUUGGAAACUUUAAUUUUAAAAAAAGAAGAGAAUAAUUUGUUCACGGAUUUUCGUCUGCAGUAAAAUGACAUGGAUAGAUGAGUUUAUCCUUAACUGAAAGCCCAUGUUCCUGAAGACUUCAGACAAAAUAGGGAAGGAAGCAUGGAGGAAGCCUUCUAACUGGAGCAUUCCUUUCUGUGUGCUGGGGGAUGAUUGGUCUCUGAUAACAUUUAUUUUUUAUUUUUUUAAAAUACAAACCAAAGAGCUGCUGCCAUUUAUUAAGUCAAGAGUACACAACUCCAUAAUUACUGGAAACAUGCCACUGGUGAAGCCAAAUCUGUGUCUUUCAGAUCACACUUGAAAAAUUAUUUUUCCUUUUUUUCCCCCAACAUAGUUGAUUAUAAAAAAAAAUGAGUUUCUUCAGCAUCAUCUACAGCCAGCUCCUGCAAUUUGCUACAUACAAAGAGAUAAUACCCAGUGACGCCAUUUUUCUGGAGGGAUACUAGGAAUGAAGCAGACUACCAUGAUACAACUAUAUACACUCCAAUUGCUUACAUUUUGCAUCAGCGAGAUCCCUCCUUUUCAAUAGUGAUGGCGACAUUUCCCUGUGCCUUAGCCACAUGUAGGUGCUCUACCUAAUCUGAUGUAUUCAGCAUGAUUACCAUCAAUCUGUAUGCAUAUAGUUGUUCCUAGCCUCUCAUAGCUUAUGGUGCGGGAACAUUUUAUAACCUCUUCUUGUGGGUCCAUUUAAAGUGAAAUGUUCAUUUUUGCUUCCUGUAACUUAUGGUAUUUUCCAUACCAUUCAGCAAUGGAAGUCAAACGCACACGAAAUGAUCAUCUCCAAUAUCCUAUUGUAUCAGCGUGUCGCUGCCAGUGGUGGCCUUUGUGUUUUAUAGAUUUUUGUUAGUCUGUUUAGAACAGAUAAUUGGGGUAGAAGUUAUUAACCUCUGGUUUGGGAGUGAAAAUAUUUUAGGUCUAAAUGUUUUUAAGGAUAGGUCACUAUGGUGUAUAUGGAAUGAUAAUUCAUAUUAAUAUAUUUUGAAUAUUUUCUAUGUUAACUAUAUAAUAUGUAAUAUAAAUAUAUAUGUCCAUUAAUAACAAAGUAAACCAUGGUUGACAACGUCGAUAUCCCAAGUGGUGAAGAAAUACUGUAUAGGAGCAUAUACAGCAGUGGUUUUGAAGGUGGGAGAAUUGACCACAAAACUAAAAUACAUUUGUGUGGAGUGUAUGAGCGAAGCUGUGAUUUAUUGAAUUCAAUGCUUUCCUUGUUAGCAGCAGCAAAUAAAGGUAAUACAGUGAUGGAUUAGAUUUUCCAAUAUAAAUAGUUCUUCAUAAGAAAUUGAUUUUACUAUUCCAGGAAGCUGGACUGGAUUGUUGCCACUCCACAUUUUGAACAGUUAUUAAAAGCUAUGUCCUUGACAA